UUCUCUCCCAUCAUCAACACACACUAACGCACCUUCUUCUCCGUGACACUUGUUAUAGUAGAAAUCAAACCAUAUCAUAUCAUAAUGCCUUGGUCUUCAUCAUCAGUAUCCACAUUAUCCAAAUGCACCAUUUACGCAGAACAGAAAUCCACCAUAAAGUCCCUAAAACUCUCUGUCUCGGACCUUCCUAUGCUCUCAUGUCAAUACAUCCAAAAGGGUGUCUUACUCUCACUCCCACACAUUCCCUCGGACUCCCUAAUCUCUCUCCUCAAACUCUCUCUCUCUAAAACCCUCACCCACUUCCCCGCCCUCGCCGGCCGCCUCUCCACCGACACCGCCACCGCCCAAAUCCACAUCCUCUGCAACGACUCCGGCGUCCAAUUCAUUCACGGCCGCGCCAAAAAUAUAUUCUCUCACGACAUUCUUACUCCUCUCGACGUCCCCAAUUGCUUCAAAAGCUUCUUCGCAUUCGACGACACUCUCAGCUACGCCGGCCAUUACAAGCCUUUAGCCGCCGUCAAAGUCACCGAGCUCGCUGACGGACUCUUCGUCGGCAUCACUGUCAAUCACGCCGUUACUGACGGAACUUCUUUCUGGAACUUUUUCAAUACUUUCGCCGAGAUCACCAAAGGCGCCCAAAAAGUCUCUAACUCGCCGGAUUUUCGCCGGAACACCGUUUUUGACUCUCCUGCAGUGCUCCGGUUCCCUGAUGGCGGUCCGUCGGCUACAUUUUCCGGCAACGAGCAGUUGCGAGAGAGAAUAUUCCAUUUCAGCAGAGAAUCGAUUCUGAAACUGAAAUUGAAAGCGAACCACCGAACAAAACUCGACGGUUGGAGAGCUGUUAACGGUAACAGUAACGGAAAGAUAACGCAGAUUUCGUCGUUCCAGUCGCUGUGCGCUCAGCUGUGGCGGUCGGUGAGCCGAGCUAGAAAGCUGGAGGGUUGUAAAAAGACGACUUUUAGAAUGGCGGUCAACUGUCGUCACCGGCUGGAGCCGAAGCUGGAGCCGUUGUACUUUGGGAAUGCGAUACAGAGCAUUCCGACCAUUGCUUUGGCCGGGGAGCUCUUGUCUCGAGAUCUGCAUUGGAGUGCAGAUCUGCUGCACCGUAACGUGGUUGCGCACGAUGAUGCUACAGUGCGCAGAGGGGUGAAGGAUUGGGAAAGUAACCCUAGGCUGUUUCCGCUAGGGAACUCCGACGGUGCAUCAAUUACGAUGGGUAGCUCGCCGAGAUUCCCGAUGUACGAUAAUGAUUUCGGGUGGGGCCGACCUUGGGCCGUACGGAGCGGAAAGGCGAACAAAUUCGACGGUAAGAUCUCGGCCUUUCCUGGCCGAGAUGGCGGCGGGAGCGUUGAUCUGGAGGUGGUUUUGGCUCCGGAGACGAUGGCUGGUUUGGAGGUUGAUUUGGAGUUCAUGCAAUAUGUUUCUUAAAUUAAUCAGGUGACGUGGCAAAAUCAGGUGGGAAGAUCAGGGAAAUGGAUAGGGGUUCAAAAUAUGGUGAUGGAUGGCUGUGAUUUGAAUUUGUGUAACCGAGAGUGUUUGGACGUAGAAGUUUAGUACUAAGUACAUUGUAACUAUAUCAACGAAUUAGUCAAUAAAAUUUAAAAUAAUUGUAUAAUUUUUAUAUGGGUGAAUUA